AAGACGACGACGGGCUACAAAUCUACUGCUCUCGUAUUAAUUGUGGAAUAGAGGAUUUCGGGUGGUGAGCGAAACACCCGCGGUACUAUCCGGAAUUUCCAGCUACCAGUCAGUAACCGGUAUUCGUCGUACACAUGCAUGUCAUCUACGCGGAUUUUAGCCCGUCUUCCAUGGCCAUCUCUUGGGCGUCUCAACUGGAAUGUUGUAUCCAGAACCAUCGCCCAGUCUCGGCAGCGUCUCGACGGCGUAGAAAUGUCAGAUGAACCCUAUCCUUCCGAGCCACCUGACGGUAAAGUUUUCGAAGAACGGGAGAUGAAGGACUAUUCAGCUGUCUCUGUAGAGCUCAGGUCACCUCCGCAGACACGGGUGCCGUCGCAGGUCCUGAUCGACGUUGUCAGUACAGGAAACUGGGAACUUGCCAACCGCGUUCGCCUCGAGAUGAUUGAUAACGGGGUCAACAUAUCUCUGAAUCCCAUCUUCGAGAAAGCGGCUUUAGCUGCGCUACGGUCUCUUCGUGUUGGAGAUGAUCUUUCGUAUUUCACAGCCUGGCUCGAGCUGUGUCCCGAUGCUUCUGACUCGGCACUAAAUCCAUUCCGAGAAACUCGUGAUUAUCUUUGGAACGAUCCUUCGGAAAGGGUCGCUUUAAUAUAUCAGUUUGGGAUGGUCCUGGCGAAGAAAGGUUAUACGACAUUGGUCAGAGAAGAGGUCAUUCCUGCUAUGGAAUACGUUUCUCCCCGGUACCACCAUCGGAAGAGCAUGUUCAUUAAAAACCUCAAGCAGGCGCUUCUCCCUAUCGUGCUCCCAACACCGUCGUCCGGCGCUCUCAUCUUCGAGGAGGAAAAUCACCCGGACUAUGCCAGCGUAGCCCAAACAUCAGUCGGCGCCUCUCACAAAGACCUUGGUGACCACUUAGCAGAACUAGUUGCCGAUCGGAAGUAUGAGGAGGCAAAGCAUUUUUUGUCCGAGCUUCGCGAAUUCCAUAUCCAUAUCCCUUUUUCGCCAAUCUACCAGGCUGCCGCCCAGAAUGCCCUACAGCAUUCGACAACCGCCACGGAGAGUCUUGAAGAUUUUGCGGCAUGGUUUUCCCUCGUUCCUCCUUACCAUGACCAACCCCUUGAGGACUUCACCGAUAUUCGAAGGCUGAUUUUUCACGCGCCUCUCACAAAUAUGUCCUUGAUCAUCCAGUUCGCUCUCAUAUGCUCGGAGAAGGGAUACGCCGAUCUAAUUGGCGGGCAGGUCAUUCCAAGUGUCAUGCGUUUCGCGAGUCCCGAUGUCAGCAAGCAGUUUUACUUGCGAUUCGAAGAAAAGCACCGACAAUAUCUGAAAAGGUAUCAUGAACGGUCUACCGCAUCUCUUUGGGGUAAAUUCCAAGCAGUUAUGCGCGGUUCGGCUAUCCGAUCCUUGGCUUAUGCAGGACGGAUAGAUGAAGCAGUAGAUAUGUUACCUCCCAAGAAAGCCCCGUACUCUUUGUCGACUCAUACUUUUGACGUCCUCAAUACCUUCCUCGUCAAAGCCGGUGACCCUAAGUAUCUCCCUCUUCUUGGGUACCUGAGAGCUAUGCGUGCCCGGCAGCUUGGACAAGACGACUCUCUUCUACAAGACUAUGCAGAAUCUUCCAUCACCUUACGAUUCACCUCCCAAACUCGCACACGCCCUUACGAUGACCGGUCAGAGUCUCUCGCUCAGACUCUGCGUUCUAUCAGAACGUCGUUCUCUCCCGGUCAUGCUCCUCCUCACCCGUCAACACUAAUCAACUUUUUUAAUGCCUACGUCGACUCAGGACGUUCACGCGCCAUUGAUCUUCUUCGCCGAAAGGCCCUUCGCUCCAGUCCCAUUGCCACCACUGUCUUUGUUUUCACACAAAUGAUCACCUAUUACCGACUUAACCAGCACCACCUUGUCCUACAAACAUUUGUAGACAAUUUUUAUAUCACAGGUGUACCUCGAGGCGAGGUAAUAUCCCGUUUGAAGUCACAGCAGGGUGUUCCAUUGUCUGGACCUUUGGCACAUCGUAGCAAGAUGUGGCCCACGCCCUAUCACACCGCCCUGAUCUGGCAUUCCCUUGUCGCUAUGUCAUCGACUUCGGUCAAAGUCGAAGUGCUCUAUAAAAAACUUAUUGCAACCGCAUGUGGGGAAUACUCGGACCAUCUAUCAGAAACCUUAGCCGCUUUUAGUGGUGUAGAGGCGCUUCAGACUCCUCCCGGGGUUAAUAGCGUUUGCGCUGCUGCAUUUACCCCAUUCAUGGGAAAGUUGAUGCGUUCAUCAGGUGUAGAGCGAGGAGCUAGUAUUCUAGCGGAUAUGCUGAAGUUGGGGAUCCAACCGACGGCAUACCACUUCACCGAGCUCGCAGGUUACUACGCAUCUACUGGUAAUGCCCAGAGAGCCCUCUUCCUGCUGUGUCGAUUGGAGACCGCCUUUGACCAACAGGGUGAUAACGAGAUUGUUCAAGUGCCAAUCUCUGAGAAAGAAAUGCGACAGACGGAGACUGUUGCAACGUCUUCCGAAGAUCCACAGGCAUCUAUCGAAUACAUUCGGCCGGUACCUACGUCUGUUCCCAAUGCGUUGCCCGUGCCUUCUUUUGUUAUGUACGUCUCCCUUAUGCGGGGAUUCCUCAUUUCCCAGAAUCUAGAUGCGGUUGCGGAGGUCAAUGAGCGCAUGCUCAAACGAUAUGACUAUAUACCGGGGCAGAAUAGUUAUCUCGACGCCGUAUAUUCCGAUUGGCAGGUGAAGCAAGAGGGAAGCCAAUAUCCUAUUCGACCGUUGCCUGUUAUCAAAUAUGGGCGAGUACACCAUGGAGAUGACGUUACGCAUGAUGCAUAGUCGUAAAGUGUCAAGCGCCUCCUAAAGUCAAUAGUUACCCCAAUCACACCCCAAUCAUACACCUAAAAGCUUGCGUGUCCGACCCUGAGUUUUAUAUGAGGUCACCGGAUGUUACUUCCUGCGAUGAGCAAGUUGGAAGUGGUGCACUAGAGUAUGUAGCUAC